CAAGAACCGUUGAAGGCGAAUGUGGAGGUUUUUAACCGCACACACAAGACUUGGUUCAUUCCGUGGACUUCCUGAAGAACGGACAUUACCAAAUAAUGCUCCUUUUCUGCCGAAUUUCGUUACGAUUACCAUCUGCCAGUUCGGUGAUAGUGAAGUGAGUGAAUUUUGCCAGAAAUCGGUAAUGAUAAUGUGCCAUUUGUUCGGUUUUUCUGCGUAACGAGUUGAAAUGUGGAAAUAUUUUUGUGGUGUUGUUUGGUUCACGAUUGUUGGUCUGCAGCUUGGUGGAACCGUAGAACUCAAGGCCUACCUUUCUGACGAAGGCCUCCACGGCACCCUAACAUUCACCAAAGAAGAGAAUAAUGAAAUCCGGAUUGAAGCAAACCUAGAAACAACCCUCCAAUACCCUAGUCAAGUAUGGUCCUGGAGCCUGAACGAAUUUCCCGUAGAUUACACCAUAACGGAAAACAGGUGCGAGAAUGAGAUCCUCGGCAAACCUCUGGUCAAUCUCGACGAUGUCCUCGGCUACCUCAUUCUACCCGACAACAAAUCAUUCGAACACGUAACCAACAAUUUGACCCUCGGGGGAGAUUCUGGAAUAUACGGAAAAUCCAUCCUGCUCAGAAAUGUCGAUACCAAUCGUAGAAUUUGCGCUUCGAUCACCAUGACAGACAAAACCAAAGAGAAGACAGCGGUGGCUAGGUUCAACUCCCCCAUAUCAGGCGAUGUCUACUUCAGGUGGUUCUCGACCAAGGACAACCAAAGCGACAUGCUGAUAACCACCGAUCUGUACCACGUGAGGAACAAGGAGAACCACAACAAGAGAGCUCUGGAUUUCACCCAACACAAAUGGAAGAUAUACGCGACAGACAUCUUAGACUCAGAACACGAUAGAUCGGAACAGAACUGCGACAUCCUUCAGUUGGUCUUCGAUCCUGACAACAGGGGCAAAGGAAAAUCCAUGGGGGACAUCGACCAGCGGCUGGGAAAGGUCAAAAUCGCCCUGGAUCACAACAAGAGGAAGUUCAAGACGUUGUUCAGAGACGACCAGUUGAGCCUGUUGCCAAACGAUCUAUCUGGGCCUCAAAGGAGGCUGUAUCUCGUUAUAUUCGAGAAGAAUCACGAGGAUGUGUUCUUAGCUUGUGCCAAUAUCCGAUACGAGCAUCCGAUAAAUGCCAUGUCCAUAAUUCAAUCAGGAGGAGUUAAAGGUGAAAUAACAUUCACUCAAAACACCAAAUUCGAGCCCACAUUUCUAAAUUUCAACCUCACAACUUCCCGCGGAGACUUGGAAACCAGACUGGUCUACAGCUCCUCCGUGGCGGGUUACAAGAUUCACGAACUUCCAAUAAAACCCUCCAAGACGGUGGGUCAAAAUGAGAACACUUGCAUCACCACCAAGUACAUUUACAAUCCUCUGAAGACCAAUAUAGCUGCCCAACCGCCGAAUGGUUAUGGUACCCAGGACCAAUACGCCAUUGGAGACCUAUCAGGAAAGUUGUUACGUCGCAACAACGCCUCUAGGCUGGUUGAAGGUGAGGAACUGACAGGAUCGUACUGGGAUGUUUAUUUACCCCUCAGAGGACCUCAUUCAAUCGUUCACCGAUCCCUAGUAAUAUAUAAGAACACUCAAUACCCUAACAAGAUAUCACAAGAACCGUGGAUAUGUGGCGGGAUCAGUCUUUACGAGAAUAAUUUCAAAUAUCAGAAACCAGUAUUCACAGCUGAAGUACUUUUCCGAUACCCAACAGUGGGCAGGAUGUUGUUCAGACAAGCUAAGGAAGAACCGUGGGCGGAUACCUCUAUCUUGAUAGAGUAUUUGGUGCAUGCCGAUGGGGCUUCACUCAAUAACUCCUUCAAUCAUAGAUGGGCUAUUCACGAGUUGCCUCCAGGAAAAGACUUUUAUGAUUGGCAAGAAAGAUGCAAGAGUUCUGCAGGAAUAUACAAUCCAUAUAAGGUAGAUUUCGACAAUAAAACAGAUCCGAUAGAAACUUGCAACCUCAGGAGCAUAGGAAUAUGCAGAUUAGGCGACUUAUCAUCCAGGCAUGGACCUUUAGACAUCGCAGGAAGGAUUUCGGAAGCAGACAAAAUAUCGAGGAAGAUGUGGACAGAUCCAUCCUUACCCCUAUCUGGUUAUCACGCAAUACUGGGAAAAUCCUUGGUCUUGUACGACGAUUUUGGUCCUAAAGCCAGAGGGGAACGUCUUGCUUGCUCGAGAAUUGGCGGAGUUUAUAGAAGAAAAGCGGUGGUAAGGGAUUGGUUCCCGAACGGAAACGACCUAAGUGUUAAAGGAAGAAUAGAAUUCAUUCAGCAGACAGAAUAUGAUGUGACAAACGUUGAGGUAUCACUGGAAGGUCUUGUGGAUAAUAGCGGGUACCACAUCCAUGUUGUACCAGUGGAGGAAAAUCUUGAAUUCCCCUGCGAAGAGACAACGUUGUACGGCCACUGGAACCCUUUGAACGUCGAUCCUUCCUCGUCACCCAGAUUGUACCAAGGAACUCCGGAUCAAUAUGAAAUGGGCGACCUCAGUGGUAAAUUUGGCUCGCUCGAUAAUCAGACCAUAUUCAAAGUUUCUUAUAACGACACCAUGUUGCCUAUAUUUGGACCACGAAGCAUCCUUGGUAGAUCCGUGGUGAUCCACAAAAGGGUUACAGGGGAUAGAUGGGCUUGUUCGACCAUAGAGCGUGGUUAUAGCCCUUCAGAAGCUAGAGAACUGCGAGCUAUAGCUUCAUUCCACCACCCUUCAGGUUACGCAUACGGCUAUAUGAAAAUGAGACAACUGAUUCACAGGGAUGGAAGCAAAAGUGAUACAACCAUAGAAGUAAAGUUAAGAUACCCUGGGAAAAAUGAUAGGAACGUCACAAGGGACCACAAAUGGGCGAUUUAUGUUAAUCCUGUGGGUGUUGAUGCGGCCGUUAAAACUCAGAACACAAGAUGCGUUGCUGGUGGAUACAUAUGGAACCCAUAUUUCACACAACUGGCCGAUCCUUUGAACACAGAGUUGUAUGAUCAAGAAUGUGGCCCAGAAAACCCACUCAGAUGCCAUGUUGGCGACCUAUCUGCUCGACUUGGUACGGUCGAUAUUGGAGUCCAACGAAAAGUUUUUACCGACUCCAAUCUUCCACUGGAAGGAGACGUGACUGCUGUGGGUAGAUCUAUUGUCAUUUUAAGCCCUAACAGAAGGCCAGAAAGAUUCGCCUGUGCUAACAUCGAACCGGACUAUGACAUCGUCAAAUAUGCCAAUAUAGAGAAGCCCCCCAGAUUCGUACUAGCACAAUUUAUCGAUGACAUAAGGGAAGUUAUGGGAAUCCCAGAGUGGUUUAUCACUGUCGAUUCAAGAAGGACCAAACUUCUUCACAACAACGCCUGCGUUCAACUUCUAUUGCAUUUUAAGGGUCCCAUCGCUAAUAAGUUAGAGCAAGACUUCAACCGUCUAUUAUCGAUAGGAAAAUUGGAAGCACCUUCCCUUUAUAUCCCCGGGUACAUCAAGGAAAAAAGGAAGACCAAAAUUUCAUACAAGCAGUGCGGAGUACGCGAUCCAAAUGAUAAGAAAAAAUCUAAGCGGCCAUUUUUCUUUGGAAGUAGUGGAUCUUCAGAGUCCGUCAUGUUAUCUUGGAGAUGCACACUUUUCGGUUUAAUUUCACUGUAUUUAUUGUAUAUUUGAUUUUAAAAAACUGUAAAUUAUUGAAGUUCCUUCUGUAAAUCUUGUAAUUAAAACUUUUGUAAAUGAAUAAUA